UCCAAAAUUUUCGAACUGGUAAUGUGCACAAGAUUGUUGGAUUUCUUCAAAAAAUGUAAUCUGUUUUUGGACUCGCAACAUGGUUUCCUGAAAGGUAAAUCUACAAAUACUGCCAUCUAUCAUUUUGUAAAUAUGAUACUCCAGGAAUUUGAGAAGAAGAAUUUAGCAAUUGGUGUGUUUUUAGAUCUUAGCAAGGCCUAUGAUUGUGUGAACCUCGAAUAUUUACUAAUAAAACUUGAAAAAUAUGGCAUAAGAGGAAAAGCAUAUAAGUGGAUUGAAUCUUAUCUUCUAGACAGAAAACAGCAAGUCAUCAUUAAUGAAAACAAAUCCAAUAUUGCAAUUAAAGAAAGAGGUCUAGCGCAGGGCAGUAACGCAGGUCCUAUUUUUUUCAUCAUCUAUAUUAAUGACCUUAUUAUGGAUGGACUGGUGAACUAUGUGGAUGACACCAACAUAUUGGUAUCUGGAAGGACCCUCCCGGAGGCAGUUGAUAAGGCGUAUGACAGUUCAUCUAGAAUCUGUGAUUGGUUCAACAGGAAUGAGUUGGCACUGAAUUCGUCGAAGACAAACAUUAUGGUAUUCAGAACAAAGAACUCCCGAGUUACUCCAACUGGCACCAUAAACCUGAAUGGCAAUGAAAUUGGAACAGUCAUGUGGAAAAAACUGGGCUGAGAUUGAGUAGCAUUGGAUAUGGAAUCAGAGUGGUAUCCAGACAUAUGGAUGAGAGGACAUUGAAAAUACUGUACCACGCCAACUUUGAAUCGGUACUGAGAUAUGGGAUUGUGUUUUGGGGAUGCAGCUCCAGCAUUCAACUCCUUUUCAUUAUACAAAAAAGAACCAUAAGAUCAAUCAGGCAUAUGAAAUUUGGAGCCACCUGCAGGGGUGUUUUCAGGGAUAUGCAGAUUAUGACUAUAUAUGGGUUGUAUAUAUUUGAGUGUCUGAUGUUCUUUUUCAGGCACCAAGUUGAAUUCAGCUCUAACUUUGGUCAUGGCUAUAAUACAAGGACGACGAAUUUCAUUUACCCUUCUCAUAGGCUUACAAGUACAGAAAAAGGAACCUACUAUAUGUGCAUAAAACUAUAUAAUAAAUUACCAUCUACAUGCAGAUUAUCUAGCUUAAUAAAAUUCAAGAAUGCCAUAAAGAAACUGCUAAUUAAACUGGAACCAUAUUCACUUAGAGAUUUUCUAGAUUGUAACAACUUGUCAGAGUUUGUAUAGAUUGUAUAUAUUGUUGUUGACAUCAUUUCGCUUCUCUCUCUGUAAUUUACUGUGGGGAUGAUUUGAAAUAAAGGAAUUUAUUAUUAUUAUUAUUA